AUGGGCAAGAAGCGCGUUCUCGUUGGGUACGGCAUCGACAUUGACGCAGUCUCUGGAUGGCUGGGUUCAUACGGAGGCGAGGACAGUGUCAGUGACAUUAGCCGAGGUCUUUGGGCAGGACACGUCGGCACACCACGAGUGCUGAAGCUAUUGGAAAAGUACGGGAUCAAGGCAACAUGGUUCAUCCCUGGUCACUCCCUCGAGACCUUCCCAGAAGAGUGCGCAAUGGUUCGCGAUGCAGGACACGAGAUCGGAUUACACGGCUAUACCCACGAAAAUCCAUCCAGUCUCUCAACCGAGCAGCAGCGCGACAUCCUCGAUAAAACAUACAAUUUGUUAACCACUUUCUGUGGAAAGCCUCCACGUGGCAUCGUCGCGCCAUGGUGGGAGUCUAGUGCUGAGAUGGUUGAUCUUCUGCUGGCAUAUGGAAUCGAGUAUGAUCAUUCCAUGUCGCAUGAAGAUUGUCAGAUGUACUGGCUGCGCACUGGAGAUACGUGGACGAGGAUUGAUUACAGCCAGAAGGCGGAGACAUGGAUGAAGCCUUUGGUAAGAGGCAAGAUUACUGGCCUUGUUGAAAUUCCUGGUAGUUGGUACAUCGAUGAUCUACCUCCGAUGAUGUUUAUCAAGAACUCGGCCAAUAGUCAUGGCUGGGUAAAUCCCCGCGAUGUUGAGGAUAUCUGGAAGGAUCACUUCGACUACUUUUACCGAGAGUAUGACGAGUUUGUCUUCCCAAUGACAAUCCAUCCCGAUGUCUCCGGUCGGGCCCAUGUGUUGCUCAUGCAUGAAAGACUCAUUGAAUAUAUCAACAAACACGAAGGAGUGGAAUGGGUGACAUUCGAGCAAAUGAGCGACGAUUUCAAGAGCAAAAACAAGCCUUCUGAAGGUGCUUUGAUGCCGUCUGCUCCCAGGGCUAUAGCCAAAGAUAAACCAUAG